GGGAGCGAGAACCGGAGGCAGCGGAGCGAUGGUCCGUGUGAGUAAAUACUCGAGCACCAGUCGCCGCGCGAUUGACAUGGCACACCAGUGACCUGCCUCCGAGUGGCCCUUUCGUUUUGCAUUUGUGUUUCCAAGCGUUUCUGUUCUCUGAGGUGACCCAUGCGAGUGUCUGGGCUGAGAGGAUGCCCGAACUGAUCAGUGCAGCCCUUUCGACGACUCCUUGUUGACCGGACGGCAUGCUGACCAAGAAGGGCAGCGGCCCCGAGGCCUUCUACUGCGACCGCUGCGACCCGGGGUCUGAAGCACCCAUCAAAAUCGAGGAUGUGGUGGGCAACGGCGGCCCGUCGGCGGCCACCAGGACGGGCACGCCCCCUGACAAAAUGAUGACAGGGUCGUCCUGUCAGGCCCUGAGACACGCCGUCGCCUCCCUCAACAGACUGGAUGACUUCAGCACCGAGAAAAUUGGUUCAGGAUUUUUCUCCGAAGUCUACAAGGUGGUGCAUCGAACCACGGGUCAAGUGAUGGUGCUCAAAAUGAACAGGGUUCGCGGGAAUAGACCCAACAUGCUGAGAGAAGUGCAGCUGAUGAACAAACUGUCGCAUCCCAACAUUUUAGGGUUUAUGGGAGUCUGUGUUCACGAAGGACAACUUCACGCUUUGACUGAGUAUAUUAAUGGAGGCAGCCUGGAGCAGCUGAUUCAGAAUAGGCAAAUAGAACUACCCCACCUUCUGCGGAUGAAGUUGGCGAACGACAUGGCCAGAGGGAUGGCGUACCUUCAUUCCAAAGGCAUCUUCCACAGGGACCUAACGUCCAAGAACGUACUGAUUAAGCGAGACGAGAAAUCGGACGAAAUGACUGCCGUUGUUGGAGACUUCGGCUUGGCUGCCAAGAUUCCAGAUUCAAGGAGUAGGUACCGACUUCCCACGGUCGGCUCUCCCUACUGGAUGUCGCCAGAGUGCCUGAAGGGCCAGUGGUACGACGAAAGGUCGGACAUCUUCUCCUUUGGCAUCAUCCUGUGCGAAUUGAUCGCCCGAAUCGAGGCAGACCCUGACGUCAUGCCCCGGACUGAAAACUUUGGACUGGACUACAUCGCUUUUGGCGAAAUGUGCGGCCCGUGUCCACCAGACUUCCUAACCUUAGCUUUCUCCUGUUGUACUUAUGAACCAAAGAGUAGACCUCCGUUCACUGAGAUUAACCAGAGGCUUGAGGUCCAAAUCGAGUCCUACAAGAACUCGUUGAGGAGCACUGGCGAAACUCGAGAACUGAAGUCACCGUCCCCAGUCAAGAGAGUCAGUCCGAUCAAGGAGAAGUCGCCAGGGGUGAUGAUCGGCAGCAUAAACGCGCGCAGCGAAGAGGUCAUUGCAGAAGUCAGGCCUGAGAGGCCAAGACUAAGCUUUAGAAAAUUGAGCCAUCGACGUUCCUUAUCCGAAGAAGUGAUACAGUCGCCCACACCAAGUGACAAGGCGCGCUGCCAUUUCAUGUUCCACCGCAACCUCAACUCGCCACCACCACCUGAGGUGACCGCCGACGGUCUCUUGCUAAACCCUCAGACGCUAGGGGAGUGCAUGGGCCGCAAAGACCCUCACUACAAACCCUGUCAGGGCAGCAUCAACCCCUUCACAGCCCUGUCUCAAUUCAGGGGAGCAAAGAAGUUGCUCCCGGGGGCCAAAGAAGGUGGUGGUUGGGGAGAAGGAGACUUGUUUUCUUCCUGCUUUGAGCUGCCUUCGGCCUUUUUUGAGGCCCUGAUGGCCAACGAGGACACGCGGACUGCGGCCGCUUCGACGCUCAAGAAGUCGAAAGUGGGCAAGCAGACUUUGUCACUACCGUCGUCCCCAACGGCCGUCAGGAGGAAGUUUUCUGCCUCGGACGGCAGACAGACCGUCGAGGCUGUCAAUGGCCAGGCUGGCCUGUCGACGAGAAAAACGGCACCCUCGUUAUUUGCCCAUCCACUGUUUGCUGGCCGUACGAGAAGUUCGCAGCAGCCAAUGGGAAAGGGUUCGUUGCGCCAAACGCCAAACACCCCUUUGGCGCCACAUCCACUCCUCAUGCAGCAGCGCAUCUGCAACUCGACUACCAACAUUCUGGACGAGCGGUGUGUGGACACUGUGGGCUACCCCCUGCUAAGGAGAAGAGGCUCCUGUGAGUCCGGAUUCUUCAGCGUGGGCGAGGGCACCAGCACCUCCGACCUCAGCCCCGAUUGCCAGGCGUCCCUGGACGAGUCAGUGGCCGCAGCCCUCGGCUGUCUCUCCUCUUCUGGAGGACUGUCCGAGUGGCAAGACCUGCUGGACGAGUACUCGAGUCUGGGACUCGGGUCCAGCGCUGGCAGCAGCAGAUCCCACUUUUCUGCAAAGCGGUCCUCGUCCAUUUACACGGACAGCUCAGAGGACAUUUCCAGUUUGGGAGGCAGUGACUUCAGCUGGGAUGAGGUUACUCGCCCUACUGGUAACUUGAGCAGCCACCAGCACAUCACCCGCAUUGUGGAGUACUUUGAACGCAAGCAGAGGACGAAUUGCUGCGACGAAGACCCUCGGAAGGAGUCUCUGGCAGCCAUUUGGCUGGCCAGGCAGCACCGCGAGUUGCUGUUCCAGGCGGCGGCCAAAAAGUACCCUGGCAGCUCUGCCCAGGCCAUUGAAGCCCUGUCACACCGGCUGGCGAAGGUUUCCAGGUCCCCCAAAAUUGCCCAGCUGCAGAAAUGCCUGGAGCGAAUGCCCUUGGAGAAGCCGGUGGUGCGCAAGACCUCCAUCCCCCAGAGACUGAGCAUCUGCGAGGGCACCGUCCGCUCCAAACUGCAGCUCUUCGACAAGAAGACGAGCUAAACUUGCAAAAGUGUUCUGCUCCCCUUUCCAGCCUCGAUCUGCAACGCCUAAAAAUUCCCAUUUCCAGUGCCAAUAUUUCACAACUCCACAGUUUCUGUAAAAUUUCCAGAGCUCAAGGAAGCUGGUGCCAAACUUCUUCAUGUCUUCGUCAGAUUUGUAAACAUUUUAAAACAAUUUCCAAUAUGAGGCGUUGUGGGGUCUGAGCUUCGGAAAGGGUCGAGUCAGUUGUUGGUCAUAUCCUUGCUGGUCAUGUUCCACCGUCUAAUUAUUAUCAGAGUGAUGAAAUCCACCUGUCAUUUGUAGCUUCAAUUUGUCCACGAGUGUAUUUGGUUGCAAAAGAGGAGCAGUAAUUUUUUAACCUGGAACACUUACGCACUCACCGAGAGAUGGACAGAAAUAUUUUUGUGCUUCCUCUGGAGGAGAAUCAAUUUUUCUAGUGUGAUACAAGACACAAUAUGCCAUAAAAAGCAAAAACGUAUUGUGCGCUGACCCUCCUAACUAAAUAAUAAUAAUUGCUAAGCCAAAUUUAGCCCUUAGGAAAGUUGGAAAUUAAACAAACUUGCCCGCCCUCCUCCUUUCAUAUCCGGUAAUCUGCAAUAAGCCACAUACUUGGAAACUAAUUUCACUUGCUCAAAAUGAAAUUUCACGAAAACAAACAUACACGUCAACAACUUAUACUUGAUGAAACAGAUGACAGACACAGAACACCAGUUUUGAAACACUAAUUCUAAGCCAUGCUGGUUUUUAACCUGUUGAUUCCAAUUUGAAUUUUCUUUGUCACUAUAAAAAUCCAUUACUUUGGAUCGAUCAAUGCAUUUCACAGUAUUUCUUCUCAUUUUAGCUUUGAUUUAUAAUCAUCAUCUUCAAAAAAAAAGUACAAAAGUAACUUUUAUGCUCGUAUUUUUCACGCGCCUCAGUAUUUUGAAAAUAAAAUGCAGUGCUGUCGGGCUCAUUUAAGCAAUUUAAAUUAAAAAGAAAUUCUUCUCCGUCUAGUCAAUGUUGAGAACGCGGUAAUCCAUUUAAUAAUAAUAACUUGUAUCCAAACAAUGCAGUAUAUUAUGAUUUAAUUAAUUAUUACUUCUUGGAUUAAUAAUUAUUUUGGUUACGGGCUUCAGAUUCUAUGCGGAAAAAUGUGUGAGCCAGCUGCACGCUGGACUUGGAAUAGACUAAUUAGGAUAAUAAUUAUCGCCAAUAAUAGUUCACGAUUAAUUAUAAUUAAUUGAAAUUACAACAUUCAUGUCCUCCUUUCUAAAAUUAACAUGCAAAAAUCUGUAGAGAAAUUUGUAACUUUUAUAUCAACAAGAUGUGUGAGUUUGAAUGAGUGACUUUCCUUUGGAUUAAAAAAAAAUGUAUACCACUAACUGUCUUUGUUCAUUGAUAAAAAAAGAAAACUCAAUGCAAUGCACUCUAGCAAUUUGAAAACAGAAUUCCAUCCUGAUAACGUAAUAUUGUAUUUCUUGAAACCUACUAGAUAAAUUUUGACCGGACUGGUGAGAGGAAAUAAUGUAUUUUUGGGAAAAAGUUGUAUCCAAGUAUACGGGUUAGAAAAGUUUUAAUAAAAAAUUUAACCCAGAUAAAUCUUGAGAGUAUCAAGUGAAUGAAAUUGAGUCACUCAUUGUCAGUCGCGGCCUUGAAGGUUCGCUUUUGUCAAGAAUUAUCUAUGCAAGAGACUGAUGCAAAAAUGUUGUUUAGGGGGUUCGGCAGGAAUCCUCGAGUUGAGGCAGGGUGUAGCAAAUAUUUCACUUCUGGCGGCUCAAAGUUGCAAAAUUUAUUUGUAUUGGUUUUAUAUUGUUGGAUCAAAGUAAAAUUCCAAAUGAAUGUUUCAAUUUUCUGCCCCGGAGAAUGCACUGUGCGAUUAUUAAAAAUACUAUGGUGAAUUUGAAUACAUUGUCAUAUUAUUAUAAAAUAUUCGAUGAUUAUAAAGUGUAAUGAUUUGUCGAUUAUUAUCAAAUAUGUUGUUUUAGAAAUGAGGAAAAUUAAAUGUUACAUGCAAUUGUAAUUGUCAAACAUG